UAUGCUGUGUUAUCUCAUCGAUGGUCGGACGACGAGCUAUCCUUGCAAGAUAUGGAGCAGUCUCACAGACGCACCGAAUCUCAUGGCUGGUGGAAGUUAUCCAUGUUUUGUAAACAGGCUGCCGAACAAGGCAUCCGUUUUGCUUGGAUUGAUACGUGUUGCAUCGAUAAGACUAGUAGCGCCGAGUUGGACGAGUCCAUACGCUCCAUGUUCCGAUGGUAUCAGAACUCCACCACUUGCAUCAUUCAUCUAGCCCAGACGACUUCUCUCGAACACGUGGGUGGUGACGAAUGGUUCCGCCGAGGCUGGACAUUACAAGAACUACUAGCGCCGAACGUAAUCCAGCUCCAAGGCGCGGCAUGGCAGACGCUUGCCCCUGCUAUCGACAAAUUGGCAUACCCAUACGAAGCCGCGACAGGGCCUCUCUCUCAUUACCCCUACUCCCUCUAUUACAUCUGCGAAGCCGUUGGAAUGAGCGUAGAAAGCUUUCUCGGUUUCUCUCCAUCUCCCACAUGUGUAGACCAGCGAAUGGUGUGGGCGGCGAAUCGAGACGUCACACGGGGCGAAGACACGGCAUACUCACUGAUGGGCAUCUUCGACGUUUCAAUAUCCACUGCAUACGGGGAAGGAGCCGAAAGAGCAUUCUGCCGCCUGGUUGAAGCGAUCAUGAUGGCAGGAGAUCUGUCGGUGCUCAACUGGAGCGGACCC